GCAGUUGCAGCAACCACAGUCAACUUACAACACUCGCCAGAGCCCAUCUUCCACCACAACAAGCAGCAUCAUGUACAAAUAUCUGUUCUGUCUCGCUCUCAUUGGCUGCGCCUGCGCCGACAAUAUCAACAAGGACGCACAGAUACGCAGCUUCCAGAACGACGCAUCCGAUGCUGAGGGCAACUAUCAGUACGCCUACGAGACCAGCAAUGGCAUUCAGGUGCAGGAAGCCGGCAAUCCACAGGGAGUGCGUGGUGCCGUUGCCUAUGUCUCGCCCGAGGGCGAACAAAUCUCGCUGAGCUACACCGCCGAUGAGGAGGGCUACCAUCCCGUGGGUGAUCAUCUGCCCACACCACCACCCGUGCCCGCCUAUGUGCUGCGCGCCCUCGAAUACAUUCGCACACAUCCACCAGCGCAGAAGGAUGAUCAGUAAACGAUAAUUCGCGUAUUGUUCUGCACUUAGCAUCCACACAGCAUC